AAAGGCUGGCGUCUGUUUGAAUAUUAUUUAUUUAUUUAUUUUAGAUGUUCUAUUUAAUGCAACAAGAUUAAUUUCAUACAAAAUUAGCACGCGUAAGGUAACAAAUAAAAGACAAAAAAAAAAAAUCUGUCAAAAAUAAUGGCAAUUUAAAACGAACGUUAAGCCUGACCAAUCAGAAGAGAAAAGGGGCUGGACCGCUUCUCAUAAUAAAGGUGUGUGAGGGUCCAGAGACGAGCAGGAUUUAACAUCAGCCUCCCGGAGCAUCAGCAUCUCUCUGACAUCUCACGCUCGUCCCUCGUUUACCAUGUUGCUGCUCGGACUCUUGCCGCUGAUGCUGCUUCGGGGGUGCGGUUGCCAGGCGGCAGACGUUCCCGAGGAUGUGACGGCAGAGUUCUCAGUCAGACUGUACCACCAGCUCCAGAUCACGGAGGGAGAGGAGAACAUCAUCUUCUCGCCUCUGAGCGUGGCUCUGGCUCUGGGCAUGGUGGAGCUGGGCGCCCACGGCUCUUCUUUAGAGGAGAUCAGACAGGCCGUGGGCUACAGUCAUUUCAGAGAAGAUGAGGAGUUCUCUCUGUUGAGCAACCUGACCCAGGCCCUGUCCACAGAUGAAGAGCAGUACGUGGUACGGCUGGCCAACUCCCUCUUUCUGCAGACGGGGGUUCACUUCAACGAGGACUUCCUGCAGCUCAUGAAGAAGUACUUCAAAGCGGAGGUGGAGACGGUGGACUUCAGCCAAUCAGCAGCCGUGGCUGAACGCAUCAACUCUUGGGUCCUGAACCACACGGAGAGCAAAAUCCACAACCUGGUGUCUGCGGACGACUUCAGCAGCUCCACCAUGAUCAUGUUAGUGAAUGCGGUGUACUUCAGGGGCAGCUGGAAGAACCAGUUCAGACCAGAAAACACCAGAACCUUCUCCUUCACCAAAGACGAUGGCAGUGAAGUUCAGACCUUGAUGAUGUACCAGCAGGGAGAUUUCUAUUAUGGAGAGUUCAGCGAUGGCACCACAGAGGUGGGUGGAGUGUACCAGGUGCUGGAGAUGCUCUAUGAAGGUGAAGACAUGAGCAUGAUGAUCGUUCUGCCCCGUCAGGAGGUUCCUCUGGCCUCCCUGGAGCCCAUCAUCAAAGCCCAGCUGCUGGAGGAGUGGGCCAACAACGUCAAGAGGCAGAAGGUGGAGGUCUACCUGCCCAGGUUCAAGGUGGAACAAAAGAUUGAUCUGAGAGACACUCUGCAGCAGCUGGGCAUCAAGAGCAUCUUCACUAAAGAUGCCGAUCUGUCGGCCAUGACAGCCGAGAUGACAGAUGGACAGGAUCUGUUUAUCGGGAAGGCUGUGCAGAAGGCUUACUUGGAGGUGACCGAGGAAGGUGCCGAGGGGGCGGCAGGAUCAGGUAUGAUUGCAUUGACAAGGACGCUGGUGCUGUACCCACAGGUCAUGGCUGACCACCCCUUCUUCUUCGUCAUCAGAAACAGAAAAACAGGAUCCAUCCUCUUCAUGGGCAGAGUUAUGAACCCUGAAGUCAUUGAGCCCUUUGACAACUACUUUGACAUGUGAAAGCCCAGCAAUCGCAAUGUGACACUCAACCGAGUUCAUGCUUAUUUUCAACAUCAUUCACAGAAAGCAAACUCAUCACGUUGCCAUGGUUUUCUAAACACACAAGAAAAUAUUAUAUAAACAGGAUAUUUAUAUGAUAAAAGUGAUUGUGUUUUGAUACUCGUAAGCUUUAACAGCACCAGGAAGUACAGAGCUGUAAAUAUUUGAAGUCUACUCUAUUCACAUUCAGUCAUGUCUUAUUCCACACCAGCAUCAUUCCUUCCUGUGUUUCUUAUCUUGUAUAUUUGCUAUUGUGUUCUGUAGAGAAAAACGUUGAUAUUUAUUGCAAGGAUGUGAGCACUUCUCUAUAUGUAGACUCACUUAAUGUCGUUUUCAUUUCUUUUCACUCUUUUUUGGUUUUGUACAUGGCUGAAGUACUGCUGACAUACUAAUAUGCCUUAUUAUAUGAGUUUUUGAUUUAAUGAAAGGUUGCGAAUGUACAGGUAGUGGAGCGCUGUUGCCAUGGAGACUCAGGCGAACCUAGGGAGAGUGCAUUUGGUAUAAGAGAUGAAAAAAUA